AUGAGUGAACAGCAGCAUAUGCCGGUCGAGUCUGUGGGUAUGGGCGACUGCCCUCCUGCGAAACGACCCUGCACUAUCGACACACCCCCAGUUGCAGGAACACCCGACGAUGGCAGCGAUUUCUACAACACACCGUUGGGUGCAGAGACUCCGGUGACCAACACGGGACUUAAAAAGUCUGAGCUUGUUACCGAGUCCUCUAUGACUUCCCAACCGGCUCCUAUGAUCCCUGGAUUGGGCUUCAUCAACACCAGCGAACAAUCCGCAACCAACGAGCCCUCCCAGUCUACCGCCGCAGCGAAACAAGAACAAAAUGCCCCGAGUGAUUCACAAGUGGUGGCUGAUGCUAUUAACCCAGAGGGCCGAGAACCUGCUGUUCAAACAAACGGCCAGCAGGAAGGUUCUGGGGAUGCGAUGGAAGUUGACCAGAAGCCCUUGGCUACCACCCAGGAAAAUACCCAUGGAGCGUCGACGGAGCAGCAAAACAAUGAGGAGCAGGAGCAGGAAGAAGAGCACCCCGAAUGGGAGGUCGACUCAGAUCCUUACGAGUCUUCAUCCGACAGUUCAUCAUCAUCCGAUUCCUCUGACAGUGACGACGACGAGGACUACCCGAUCCUUAGCCCCGAAGAACAAGCCCGAAUCCUGAUGCUUGCCGAAGGUGGAUCGGACGAUGAAGGAGGCGAUAAGGGGAAAUCAGGAGGAAAAAUUCGGUCGACCAACGAGAUCGAGGAGGACGUCUUGCCGAUUCCCGACAUCCAGAUUACACCCGAGAUGAAGAUUGUGCUGCUGGGCAGGGUCCAGACGGCCAUCGAGAAUGCGGUCCUCAUUGAGGCCAGCACCUCUGGAGAAUACCAAGUCCUUGAGUCGGGCUCCUUGCUGUGCUCGGAAGAUCGCAAGGUCCUGGGUGUGGUGUCGGAGACCCUUGGUAGAGUGGAGAACCCGCUGUAUACCGUUAUGUAUAAGACGACCGAGGAAGCACAGGAGAGGGGUAUGGUGAAGGACCUGCCGGUCUUCUACGUUGAGGCGCACUCCACUUUCGUGUUCACUCAACCGCUGAAGGGCAUGAAGGGUAGCGAUGCCUCCAACUUCCACGAUGAAGAGGUCGCCGAAGAUGAGAUUGAGUUCUCAGAUGAUGAAGCAGAGGCUGAAUAUAAGCGGAAGUUGAAGCAAAAACGCCAGGAAAGAAAGGAGGCUAAGGAAGGCGGUGCUGCUCGAGGCAAGAAGGGACCUCCCGGUCCCUCAAAACUGAGCCAGACUGAGCUCAACUACGAUGACGGGGCAGCCGAGGAUGGAUACACACCUCUGGCCCGCCCCAAGAACCUGCACGAGAUGAUGGGUGCCCGCGAGGCGCCCAUCGAAGGCACCGAGCGACCAGGACCCGGCUUCCGUGGCGGCCGUGGACGCGGCCGAGGCGCUGAUCGUGGUGGCCGUGGAGGUCGUGGUAGAGGCGGCGGUGGUCGAGGAGGAGGAUCAUGGGACAGAGACCAAGACCAUCGUCCUCACCACCAGCAAAAUGGCAGCACCUCACAGUAUGGACAGCAGGCUGCACCCCCACAGACCCAACCUCCGGCACCAUAUGGCCAACCCGCAUACCAGCAACAACAACCUGCCUACGGUAUGCCUCAACCAUUUGCUGGAUAUCCGCAGUAUCCCCAGCCGCAACAACCUCAGUUUGGUCAAGGUCAAGCUCCCGCGCCAUUCCCCUUCCAAUUCCCCUUCCAGCAACCGUUUGCGCAGCCGAACGCUUUCCAGGCCGUUCCACCAGGCGCACACAUCAACCCUCUUUUCCUGGCUGCACUGCAACAGCAGCAGCAGCAGCAGCAGCAAUACCAACAGCCGCCACAACAAUAUCAGCAGCCCCAACAAGCUCCUGGUCAGGCACAGCCACAAAACCCUGCGGCCAUGAACUUUGAUCAGGUCAAAGCUCAGUUGGACCUGCUACGCCAGUUGAGCAAUGGCAACCAGGGACCUCCUCCUUCUUAA